GGCGGCGCCGCAGGUGUGGGGGCUCGCGGAGGUGUGCAUGUGGGGCGCGAGGGCGUCGCGGAGAGCGGCCGCUGCCCCGUCCGGCCCCCGCUGGAGUAGCCCGGAGGAAGCCAGCCGGGAGAAAGGUGUGUGCCCUCUUCCUGAUUCUGCAGAAAAAUGCCGGUCCGGAAGCAAGAUACCCAGAGAGCAUUGCACCUUUUGGAAGACUAUCGUUCGAAGCUAAGCCAAACUGAAGACAGACAGCUCAGAACUUCCAUAGAACGGGUUAUUAACAUAUUUCAGAGCAACCUCUUUCAGGCUUUAAUAGAUAUUCAAGAAUUUUAUGAAGUGACCUUACUGGAUCAUCCAAAAUGUAUAGAUCGUUCAAAGCAGUCUGAACCAGUUCAGCCUGUGAAUACUUGGGAAAUUUCCAGCCUUCCAAGCACUACUGUAACUUCAGAGACACUGCCAAGCAGCCUUAGCCCUAGUGUAGAGAAAUACCGAUAUCAGGAUGAAGAUACACCUCCUCAAGAGCACAUUUCCUCCCCACAAAUCACUGAUGAGGUGAUAGGUCCGGAACUGGUUCAUGUCUCAGAGAAGAACCUGUCAGAGAUUGAGAAUGUCCGUGGAUUUGUUUCCCAGUCUCAUAUUUCACCAAUAAAGCCAACAGAAGCUGUUCUUCCCUCCUCUCCCACUGUCCCUGUGAUCCCUGUCCUGCCAGUCCCUGCUGAGAAUACUGUCAUCCUACCCACCAUAUCACAGGCCAAUCCUCCGCCAGUACUGGUCAACACAGAUAGCUUGGAAACACCAACUUAUGUUAAUGGCACAGAUGCAGAUUAUGAAUAUGAAGAAAUCACACUUGAAAGGGGAAAUUCAGGACUUGGUUUCAGUAUUGCAGGCGGUACAGACAACCCACACAUUGGAGAUGACUCAAGUAUUUUCAUUACCAAAAUUAUCACAGGGGGUGCAGCUGCCCAAGAUGGAAGAUUGCGGGUCAAUGACUGUAUAUUGCGAGUAAAUGAAGUCGAUGUUCGGGAUGUAACACAUAGCAAAGCAGUUGAAGCUUUGAAAGAAGCAGGGUCUAUUGUACGCUUGUAUGUGAAAAGACGGAAACCAGUAUCAGAAAAAAUUAUGGAAAUAAAGCUCAUUAAAGGACCUAAAGGUCUUGGGUUCAGCAUUGCUGGAGGUGUUGGAAAUCAGCAUAUUCCUGGGGAUAAUAGCAUCUAUGUAACUAAAAUAAUUGAAGGAGGUGCAGCACAUAAAGAUGGCAAACUUCAGAUUGGAGAUAAACUUCUAGCAGUAA